CAUUCUUGUCCUGCAGGGAGCAUUCCGGGUGGAGAAUAUGAGAGAAAGAGAGAGAGAUAGGAAAGAUUUGAGGUCGUAGAGUAAAUAUUUACACCGGGAAACGACCAGCUCCAUGUUCCCGCUGUCUGCAGGAUCUGGGCAGCGUGGGACAGAUUCAGGAACAGGACAUGGAGCUGUAAGCUAGGCCUCUCCAUUCAUCUCCAUUUGCUGCCUCGCGCCGCUUCUCCUGCCCUGCUGUGGCGCUCUGGCCCAGAGAAGAAGAGUGGGGAGGAAAACAAACAAAAAACCGAGAGGGAAUAGUAAACGUUCUCCAGCUGCUGUCCAGACGCACACAUGCUGCAUUGCUGCCAUUCCCCAAGCCCUGCUUCUCCUAUCCCUAGGGCACGGCCGCUAGCUUGCUAGCAAGCCAGAAGCUGGCACAAAGCGAAGCCCUGUGCUGAGAAACAGUAAAAGCACUUAGUGCACACUGACCUCCUCCUUUUUUCUCGUUAUUUGUCUCAGCUGACCUCAUACUCACCCAGCUGAACGCCUUCUGGUUGCCGUCUCUCCUGCUGCUUCAAGCCGUGGACAGUUGCUAGAGGGCAGCCAGUCGUAGAGCCAGGCAGACGGAGGAAACUCGAGGGAGGUUCAUCAGAGGUCAGGAUGAUGGAGCCUGGCAUGGAGAACUGCCUGGCCCUGGUCCUGCAGAAGGACGUGGGCCGGCGGCUGCAGGUCGGCCAGGAGAUCAUCGAUUACAUUCUGGACAAAGAGAAAUCCCACGAUUUGGAGCAGGAUCAGACGGCGCUGGACAAGAUGGUGGACGGCAUUGCCAGCUCCUGGGUCAACUCCAGUAACUUCAAGGUGGCGCUGCUCGGCCUGGACCUCUUAUCUGCCUUAGUGACCAGGUUACAGGACAGAUUCAGGGCUCAGGUGGGAACAGUUCUGCCCAGCCUUAUUGAUCGAUUGGGAGAUGCCAAAGACCAAGUACGAGACCAAGACCAAACACUGCUGCUAAAGAUCAUGGAGCAAGCUGCCUCUCCACAGUAUGUGUGGGACCGGAUGCUGGGAGGCUUCAAACAUAAAAACAACAGGACCAGAGAGGGAGUGUGCCUUUGUCUCAUCGCCACGCUGAACACAUAUGGAGCUCAAGGUCUGACUUUAAGUAAAAUAGUUCCUCACAUAUGUAACCUCCUGGGGGACCCCACCAGUCAGGUACGGGACGGAGCGAUGAGCUGCUUGGUGGAAAUCUACAGACAUGUUGGUGAGCGGGUGAGGCUGGACCUCAGCAAGAAGGGUCUGCCACAGUCACGGUUGAAUGUAAUCUUCAGCAGAUUUGAUGAAGUCCAAAGAUCUGGAAACAUGAUCUCCUCUGGCUCAGAUAAGAACUUUGAGGAUGAGGACUCUGUGGAUGGAGGCAGGUCCUCCUCCUCUUCAUCCUCCAAAGCACCCCCUGGUGGAAGGAGGACUGUGAUGAGCUCUGUGAGAAGACCCAGCUCUGCUUCCUCCACAAAGUUCCCAGGUAAAGAAGCCGGUGCAGGAGCUGUGGAUGAAGAGGAUUUCAUCAAAGCCUUCGAAGAUGUGCCAUCGGUCCAGAUCUACUCUAACAGGGAGUUGGAGGAUCAGCUGACUAAGAUCAGAGAAAUGCUGUCUGAUGACAAACAUGACUGGGAGCACCGGGUGCUGGCGCUGAAGAAGGUCCGUUCACUCGUGUUGGCAGGGGCUGCUGAGUAUGAAGGUUUCCCUCAGCAGCUGCGGCUUCUGGAGGCGCCCUUUAAGCUGUCCACUAAAGACCUGCGCUCCCAGGUGGUCCGCGAGGCCUGCAUCACUCUGGGACAUUUGUCGUCAGUUCUGGGUAACAAGUUCGACCACGGAGCUGAGAGCGUCAUGCCUACCCUGCUGAAUCUAGUGCCCAACAGUGCCAAAGUCAUGGCCACGUCAGGGGGGGCCGCCAUCCGCCUCAUCCUCAGGCACACACACUACCCACGUCUCAUCCCCAUCAUCACCAGUAACUGCACCUCCAAAUCAGUUGCAGUAAGAAGACGCUGUUAUGAGUUCCUCGACCUCAUGCUGCAGGAGUGGCAUACCAACACACUGGAAAGGCAUGUCGCUGUUCUGACGGAGACCAUCAAGAAAGGCAUCCAUGAUGCAGACUCUGAGGCCAGAUCCAUUGCAAGAAAAUGUUAUUGGGGUUUCCAUGGUCACUACAGUCGGGAGGCUGAGCAUCUGUUCCAGGCUCUGGAGUCUACGUACCAGAAGGCCCUCCAGUCUCACCUGAAGAGCUCCGACAGCAUCGUGUCUUUACCCCAGUCCGACCGAUCCUCCUCUUCCUCACAGGAAAGUCUGAACCGGCCGUUGUCUGUGAAGAGCGUCAUGGGAGGAAGCAUCACAAGGAGUAAGCUAGUUAGCACCAGAGUCUCCACAACCUCCGGUUCCCUCCAGCGUUCCCGUAGCGACAUUGAUGUAAACGCCGCCUCCAGUGCCAAGUCCCGCCUGUCCACCGUCCCUGCAUCCUCGCCGUUCAGUUCUGCCGCCGCCCUCCCACCCGGAUCAUACGCCUCAUUAGAUGGCACUCCUGGUAAAAGUGAUGGUCGUGUUCGUACAAGAAGGCAAAGCUCAGGCAGCGUGGGCGGAGCUAGUCCAUCGGUAGUGGACAGCAGGGGGCGGAGCCGGGCCAAAGUGGUGUCCCAGUCCCAGCGAUCCAGAUCAGCCAAUCCCAUCAGUGCCGGCAGUCGCUCCAGCUCUCCCGGGAAGCUGCUGGGUCAGAGCAGCUAUGGUCGCAUCCCUCGGGCCGCGGCCUCAGCCUCCACCGCGGCGGCAGACAAGCGCAGCAGAAUCCCUCGCAGCCAGGGCUGCAGCCGGGAGACCAGCCCCAGCAGGCUGGGCCUCGCCAGCCUGCGUGGUAAAGCUCUUCUUCCUGCUGCUCUUCCCUCCUGCACGCUAGCCCGGAGCCGCAUUCCCCGUCCCAGCAUGAGUCAGGGUUGCAGUCGCGACACGAGUCGUGAGAGCAGCCGUGAUACCAGCCCUGCUCGGGGCUUCGCUCCUCUGGCCUCCAGACGUCACUCCCGUUCAACCAGCGCUCUCUCCACAACAGACCCCCACGGCCAGUCAGAUCGCUACGGUUUGAUUCACCAAGCUAGAAUAUCUGCUUCAGUUAACGCCAUGAGGGUCCUGAACACAGGCACCGAGGUGGAGGCUGCGGUUGCUGAUGCACUGCUGUUAGGAGACUCCAGAAAUAAGAGGAAGCCAUUGAGGCGGCGGUACGAAUCUCCUGGGAUGUACUCUGAUGACGAUGCCAACAGUGAUGCGUCCAGCGCCUGCUCGGAGCGCUCGUAUGGCUCCAGAAACGGAGGCAUUCCCCAUUACCUGCGGCAGACGGAGGAUGUGGCCGAGGUCCUGAACCACUGCGCCAGCUCCAACUGGUCGGAGAGGAAGGAGGGCCUGCUGGGCCUGCAGAACCUCCUGAAGAGCCAAAGGAUCCUGAGCCGAGUGGAGCUGAAGAGACUGUGUGAGAUCUUCACGAGGAUGUUUGCAGACCCCCACAGCAAGAGAGUGUUCAGCAUGUUCCUGGAAACUCUUGUGGAGUUUGUCCUGGCGCACAGGGAGGACCUGCAGGACUGGCUGUUUGUUCUACUCACCCAGCUCCUUAAGAAGAUGGGUGCAGACCUGCUGGGCUCGGUUCAGGCCAAAGUCCAGAAGGCUCUAGAUGUCACAAGGGAGUCCUUCCCAUUCGACCAACAGUUCAAUAUUCUGAUGAGGUUUAUUGUGGACCAGACUCAGACUCCGAACCUCAAGGUAAAGGUGGCCAUCUUGAAGUACAUUGAGUCCUUGGCUCGGCAGAUGGACCCAGCAGACUUUGUGAACUCCAGUGAGACUCGACUUGCAGUGUCUCGCAUCAUUACAUGGACCACUGAACCCAAAAGCUGCGAUGUCAGGAAGGCAGCUCAGGUGGUGCUCAUCGCCUUGUUUGAGCUCAACACCCCAGAGUUCACCAUGCUGCUGGGAGCUCUGCCCAAAACCUUCCAGGACGGGGCCACCAAGCUGCUUCACAACCACCUGAAGAACUCCAGUAACACCAGCAGCAAUGUGGGGUCUCCAAGUAACACCAUUGGCCGGACGCCACCACGGCACACGCCCAGCAGGACCAGCCCCCUCACAUCGCCCACAAACUGCUCCCACGGAGGGCUUUCUCCAAGUCGGUUAUGGGGUUGGGGGGUCGACGGACCGUCAAAGCACCCCUCCGCCCCUCCUCCACCCCCUUCGCCUCACUCCACCCCUGCUGCCCCGUCCCUCAGGGUCCUGCGCAGAGCGUAUUCACCCAGCAUGAUGGAGUAUGACACUGAGAACAUGAACUCAGAGGAGAUCUACAGCUCGCUGCGGGGCGUCACCGAAGCCAUCCAGAGCUUCAGCUACCGGAGCCAGGAGGACCUGAACGAGCCAGUCAGACGGGAGCUGAAGAGGGACGACGCAGUGGGGAGAGAAGGAGUUGCAUCAUCUCCUGGUUCUGAUGCCCGCCUGGGUUUAGACGUGGUGGAAGGAGGUCGCAGUGCUCUGGACAACAAGACGUCCCUCCUCAACACGCCUUCGCCGCGCUCCUUCUCCGGGCCGCGGAGCCGGGAGUUCGCGCCGUACGGCUACGGAGAGAGCAUCUGUACGUAUGACAAGAGCGCGCUGAAGGAGGCGGUGUUCGACGACGACGUGGAGCAGUUCAGGGACUGCCGCCGUCUGGACAGUGGUGAGAACAAGAUGUCCCUCCCCAAGGUCUUUGCUCCUGUUGGUCAGGAUCACUCUGACCUGGUGGCCGACCUGCUCAAGGAGCUGUCCAAUCACAACGAGCGCUCCGAGGAGCGUAAAGGCGCCCUGGUGGAGCUGUUGAAGAUCACCCGAGAAGACAGCAUGGCUGUUUGGGAUGAACACUUCAAGACCAUCCUCCUGCUGCUGCUGGAGACGCUGGGGGACAGAGAUCACACCAUCCGAGCCCUGGCCCUGCGAGUCCUGAAGGAAAUCCUGAAGAAUCAGCCGGCCCGAUUCAAGAACUAUGCUGAGCUCACCAUCAUGAAGACGCUGGAGGCUCACAAAGACUCUCACAAGGAGGUGGUGCGUGCAGCCGAGGAGGCGGCCUCCACCCUGGCCGGCUCCAUCCACCCAGAGCAGUGCAUCAAGGUGCUGUGUCCCAUCGUGCAGACGGCCGACUACCCCAUCAACCUGGCCGCCAUCAAGAUGCAAACCAAAGUCAUUGAACGCAUCACCAAGGACUCUUUACUCCAGCUGCUGCCUGACAUCAUCCCUGGACUCCUGCAGGGCUAUGACAACACAGAGAGCAGCGUUCGCAAGGCCAGCGUGUUCUGCUUGGUGGCCAUCUACUCUGUCAUUGGUGAGGAUCUCAAACCCCACCUGGCACAGCUCACGGGCAGCAAGAUGAAGUUACUGAACCUGUACAUCAAGCGGGCCCAGACCACCAACAGCAACAGCAGCAGCUCCUCGGACGUCUCCUCCCACAGUUAAUGCUGGACGCUCAUAAGGGAUCCGGGGUUUUCCUGGACAUCACCGAGCCUCUUCCAGACUUCUCUCCUGUCCGCCCGUCUGUCCUGCAGCUUCUUCUCCUGAAUUCACUCCUCUGCUGCGGAAAGCUGUGAAUGUAGCUGCUGUGCUGGUUUUAGUCACCUCUCCAUCGCCAUGGUUUCCUCUGUCCCCUCACCUGGUUUCCAACACGCCACAUCUCAAUGAUGUUCUCAGUCUGGAUGAUGGGAAGUCAUUUGGCUGGACCAGUGAUACUGAUAAUCAAAUCUGUUGUGUAAGAGAGAUGUGAGGAUACAAGCCUGAUGGUUCAUUUUAUUUUUAACAGCAUCUUAAUACAUGAAAUCCUUCCAACAUGCAUCCAACACGCCGUCGCUCCAGCUCCAUGUUGGACAAUCCCUCACAUUUCCAACAGGUUCUCUGAGGUUCAGAUUAAAGAUGGCCGACAUGUCUCUUUGAACUCAGCAGAUUUAAGGAAAGUGGUGCAGAUCUGUUGCAUCGGGCUGCUCAGUCUGAGCAUGCUCAGUGAGUCUGUGUGAAACCAGCUGCUCUGUUCUUCACGUUGAGACGACAGUAUUCGUGUCCUCUUACAGAUCCACAGCUUCUGCACAUCCACAGCUAGAGAUGAUUUGUUCAUACACUUCUUGACCACCGCUUCACAAACUUUGAGUAAAUAAAAUAAAACAAUGUGAACAAGUUGAUUAUUAAACUAUUUGCACGUUACCAGAACAGCUUGCAUGUGACGGCAGCUCCCUGCUGUGUCUGAGCAGUCCUGCCUUUCCGGCUGCGCCUGCAGCUGCAUCUGAUUCCUCCUCUGUGAUUGGACGCUUCCAGAGGAGUGAAGAUUACGCCGCUGCCCGUAGCUUCUGUUGCCUGUAUGCAGGUUGGGAGUUUGAGUUUAAAAUGUUGGAUUCCUGCUGUGAGACGCUGGGAAAAAUUCCCUCAUCUGAUCGGUACUGUUGCUCUGCUGUUCGCAAGCGAAUAAUUAUUCCCCGUUUGAGUGGAGGAUGUUCUGGUUUCGGGGGCCGGGUCUGCUCAUGAAGAAGUAAAUAAAGUUUAUGAUACGCUGUUUGGUGCUGACGAGGAGCCUCCUGCAGCUCAAGCUUACCAUCACACCCGGCCGGUCUCCAUCGCUCAUUUCACCCUCUGACUCUAUUUAUAGACUUUAUUUCAGCUGAUUUCGUUUGAUCCUGAUGAUAAAUUGUACAGAGGUUUUGUUUUUGUUUACACCCACAUGUGGUAGAUCUGCAACGAUGUAAAGAAGCGUUUGCUGUAGAAAUAAAGAGACUGAACUGA